AUGGUCACCAAGGCCAAGAGGAAGGCUCCGGCCGUGCCGGAGCCCAAGAACAAGCGAGUCACGCGCUCCAGCACCGCUGCUGCUGCUGCUGCUGUCGUUGAGGACGUCCGGCCUCCUGCACAUACAGCCGCCGCCGAAGCUCCAGCGCCGGAAAAGAACCCCUCCAACCGCAGCAAAAAGAUCGUGGCGUUCCUGCGCGGCGUCAACGUCGGGGGUCGCGUGCACAGCAUGAAGACCAUCGCAGACGCGCUGGGCAAGGCGUGGCUCGCCAACGUCGAGACGUUCGUGGCCAGCGGGAACGUCAUUUUCGACGCCCCCGACGAAGCUUCGGUGCUCGCGCUCGAACACCGAGUCGAGGCCGUGCUCGAGGACCUAUUCGGCGGCCACAUUCCGGUGCUGGCCCGCUCCAUGGACGAGGUGGCUCAGCUGGGGCAACGGAUUGUCAAGUCCGCCACGGCGGUCAAUGUGGUGCUGGUGAAGGAAAGACUCACCCAGGAGCAACGAGGCGUCCUCGAGGCGCUGUCCACGGACGCGGACGAGCUCGAGCUGCUGGACAGGGAAUUCAUGAGCGAGUCUCCGCUGUUCAAAGUGGCCUUCGACAAGAAGCUAGGAGUCCCCGUCACGGUCCGAACGGCGAACACCUUGCGUCGAAUUGCCAAGAAAUUCGGCUAG